AUGAGCCUAAGCCUAAGCCUAAGCCAAAGCCUAAGCCUAAGCCAGAUCCUCAGCCUAAGCCUCAGGUUAAGCCUAACAUUAAGCCUAAUCCUAAGCCUAGGCUUCACCCGUGAGUUUGAGCUUAAUUCUAAGCCCGAAAACUAAGUCCACUUCUAACCCUCCCUCUCCCUAACCUUUUAAUUUCUAGAAUCCUAGGCUAGCCUUCUUUCCCAAAAAAAACGUUUUAGUCUAUACAACAGACUUGUCAACCCAUCAUUCGCUGUUCUUGAAACUUGUCAAAAAGCGUGUAGAUCGCUUAUUAAAAGCAUUUUUUUCCACAACCAAAAAGUAUCUUAUGGGCCAUGAAGAAGGGCCAAAGGGUUUUUAUAGUCUCCGCCCAUCUUCGCUACUGAGCUCUUCGUUUUUACCCUGGCAAUAUUUAAAAAAUGACAAUUCUUUACAAAAUUUUAAUCAUUUUUUUGUUUUGUAAAGAAAGUUCUUGCCAUUUUUUGGUUUUUAAACAAAGUUGUUGCUAUUUUUUGUUUUGUAAACAAAGUUCUUGCAAUUUUUAGUUUUGUAAAGAAAGUUCUUGCCAUUUUUUGGUUUUUAAACAAAGUUGUUGCUAUUUUUUGUUUUGUAAACAAAGUUCUUGCAAUUUUUAGUUUUGUAAACAAAGUUCUUGCCAUUUUUUGCCGCUUAAACAGCACAUAUUCUUAAAAAGCCUGCCAUACUCAAACCACCUUUCCUCAAAAAGCACUGUCAUACCCACAAAAACGUUAUACUUUGCCCAAAAAUAUCCACCCUUGCUCAAAAUACCCUGCCCAAAAGAAUCCCGCUUGGUCUUCUUCUUUAAUAUGCCCACCCCCCCCCCAUUUAAAAGUCAUGCCUUACCCAAAAAAACUUAAUUUUCUAGCUUCAGUCCCUCCCCCCCUCCCUCCAGAUGCCUACCCCACAACAGCUCACCCCUCCCUUUCGUUUUUAGUUUGGGCGCGUACUUCCUCCCCGUCCUUAAAAAGUAUUGCUUUAAGGAGGCUCUUUAGAUGGCUCCGGAAUUGAAGCAUCUCUUUCUUUUCAGACACAAAAACAAGCAAAUUCACCGGAGGAAACAGAUUUGUUAUAACCCACUGAUUUGUUUUCUACACCGAUUAAAUACAACGUUGUACCUAGAAUUCUAAACUUUUUUGAAAUUUAAAAUUUUUUAAAAGUAGCAUUAAAACCUUAACCUAAUUUUGAACUUGAGCCUAAACCUAAGUCUAAGCUUGAACCUGAGGCUGAACGUAAGCUUGCCUGAGCUUCACACUGAGCCUAAGCUUGAGGCGAGCCUGGGUUUCAGACUGAACUUAAGCCUGAGCCUGAGCUUGAGACUGAGCAUGAGGUUGAGCUUGAGCCUAACUUUAAGCCAAAGCGAAUGUUAAGCCUAAGCCUGAGCCUGAGCCUGAGCCUAAGCCUGAGCCUGAGCCUGAGCCUGAGCCUGAGCCUGAGCCUGAGCCUGAGCCUGAGCUUAAGCUUAAGCCUAAGUCAAAAUUUAGACCUAAAGCUUAGCCAAAACUCAAAACUAAACCCAAGCUUAAGCCUCACUUUAAUAUUACGUCUAAACCUAAGCUACAGCUUGUUUGUACCUAUGCGUCAGUCUAAGUUUAAGCCAAUCUCCAGUUUUACUUAAGCCUAAAUCUAAGCUUAAACAUUCUAGAUUGGGUAUGGCUAAGGCUAGGCUUAAAACCUUAUAAACCGCAAAAAAAAGCUUCAAUUAAAUAUGCGAAAAACUUGCAAAACCGUGAUAUGCAACCUAGUAAACAUUUCAUGAUUCGGUGCUUAAAAGUGCUACACAGAGUAAAAAAGGAAGAAACAGAAGGACAAUUAAGGAAAUGAGUUUGGCAAAGUGAGAAGUAAGCCUUCAAUUAUAUUGUUUCGUUCAACGUCUCCAAACACGUUUCGAAAUUUGAAUUUUAAGGUUCAUCACAAAAGAAAAAAAUCCUAGUGAUUUUUUAGUAUUAGUAUUACACAGUAUGAGUAUAUCAUAAAACUAGAAAAAAAAAGACUAAACCCAAAAUUUAAGCUAAGCUUCAGCCUGGACUUAAACCUGAACUUAAAAAUGAGCUUCAUCUUGGGCUUAAGUUUAAGCCUGGGCCUGAGUCUGAACCAGGACCUGAGCCUGGGCUUGAGUCUACGUUUAAACCUGAAACUGACACUGAGCCAGAUCCAGAGCUAGAGCCUGAACCAGAACCUGAACCAGAGCUUGAUCUUGAGCGUGAGCCUAAGUCUGAGUCUAGGCCUGAGCCUGAGCCUGAGCCUGUGCCUGAACCUGAGCCUGAGCCUGAGCCUGAGCCUGAGCCUGUGCCUGAACCUAAGCCUAAGCCUGUGCCUGAUCUUGAGCUUAAGCUUAAGUUUCUCAGUCUUCAGCUUCAGCCUCAGCCUCAGCUUUAG